ACCAAAUCAAAAAAAAAGCACCUUCCGUCUCCCGUGCUUUUUAUGCAUAGGUAUUUCUUUAUUGAUUUUCAUGGAAAUAUUAGUGAUAUUGUUCUAUUACAAAUAAAUAAACAGUAUUUAGCAUAGUUAUUGAUAUAUAGUGAGGCAUUUGGAGUCGGCUGCCGACAACGAUGGCUACUAUAUCAUUUGCCAAAAGUUUGGUUACCCCAGCCGUCAGACUGGUUCUGAAGCAGGGCCAGAGUGCUCAUUUGCGCAGCACCAACUUGCCUGGCCUGUCACCACUCAGUAUUGUACUUGGAAGGAACUAUGCUGAAAAGCAGGUGUUUGAAAGGACAAAACCUCACUGUAAUGUGGGCACAAUCGGACACGUUGAUCAUGGGAAGACCACCUUAACUGCUGCCAUAACCAAAGUAUUAUCAGACCGCAACCUUGCCCAGUCCAAAGGCUACUCAGACAUUGACAAUGCCCCAGAAGAGAAGGCUCGUGGUAUCACAAUCAAUGUUGCUCAUGUUGAGUACCAGACAGAUUCGAGACAUUAUGGGCACACAGACUGCCCUGGGCAUGCUGACUACAUCAAGAACAUGAUCACUGGCACAGCUCAGAUGGAUGGUGCUAUAUUAGUAGUAGCGGCAACAGACGGUGUGAUGCCACAGACUCGUGAGCAUUUACUGCUUGCUAAACAAAUUGGUAUCCAGCAUGUUGUUGUGUUCAUCAACAAAGUUGACGCAGCUGAUGAGGAGAUGGUUGAGCUUGUAGAGAUGGAAAUCCGUGAGCUCAUGACCGAGAUGGGUUAUGACGGCGACAAAAUCCCUGUCAUUAAAGGCUCUGCCUUAUGUGCUUUGGAGGGCAAGAGCCCUGAAAUUGGCUCAGAUGCCAUUACCAAACUCCUGGAAGAAGUAGAUGCCUUCAUCCCAACUCCAGUCCGUGAACUGGAUAAACCUUUCCUCCUGCCAGUGGAAUCUGUGCAUUCCAUUCCUGGACGUGGUACUGUGGUUACUGGGCGCUUGCAUCGAGGUGUUCUAAAGAAGGGUACUGAAUGUGAAAUUGUUGGACAUGGCAAAGUUAUGAAGACUACAGUGACAGGUGUAGAAAUGUUCCAUAAGACUUUGGAUGAGGCGCAGGCUGGAGACCAGCUUGGAGCAUUAGUGCGCUCUAUCAAACGAGAGCAGAUCAAGAGAGGAAUGGUCAUGGCUAAGCCUGGAACAGUCAAGGCUCAUGACAAUAUUGAAGCCGCAGUGUACAUCCUCAGCAAAGAGGAAGGAGGCAGAUCAAAGCCCUUCACAUCAUUCAUUCAGCUGCAAAUGUUCUCUAUGACAUGGGAUUGUGCUUCACAAGUUACCAUUCCUGACAAAGAGAUGAUUAUGCCUGGAGAAGAUGCAAAAUUGCUUCUGAAACUCAUGAAGCCCAUGGUGUGCGAGACUGGUCAAAGGUUCACAUUGCGUUUAGGUGAUUUAACAUUAGGAACUGGAGUAAUCACCAAGAUCAACAACAAUCUGUCUGAAGAGGAUAGGCUGAAGCUUAUGGAAGGCAAGAAGGCUCGAGAAAAGGCCGCCGCGAAGAAGUAAAACUUAUUUAUAAAUUAAUUAAUAUUAGGACUGUAGUUGAUGUUAUGGUAUGCAUUUAAAAAUGUAAAUUCAUUAAUAAAAUUAAAAACCAU